CGUCAGUAGUUCGGAUCGGUGACCAAGCUGGCGGCCCUCGAGGAGAGUGCUUCGUUUCGGGAACGUUUUUACCGUGCCGCAGGUGCCAAUCUCCACUAGUGGUAUCUAUCCCAUUGGGGAAUCGGUAAAUCCAAUUGCAUCAGCGUGUUUUGUGUGCGGAUCAAUAAACGAAAAGAAGCAGUGCUCUACGUGUCGUUUCGUGGGGGAAGUUUUGGUGUGGGGAAAAUUUUACUCUAAAAGUGAAAGUAGUAAAAUUUACGUUUCUUUUUCGUCUUACUCUCGACGGUUCCGGUUCCAGGCUUCAGUGAUGAGGCGACAAAAUUGGUUUGGGGGAGGAAGCUCCUGUUUGCUGUUGGCCACGGUAGCCUUCCUCGCUUUGCUGAACCCGACCAAUGGGGCUGCUGUCAUGUCGGUGGAUUUGGGCAGCGAGUGGAUGAAGAUUGGCGUCGUGUCGCCGGGAGUUCCGAUGGAGAUUGCCCUGAACAAGGAAUCGAAGCGGAAAACGCCGACCACGAUUGCGUUCCGGAAUGGGGACCGGCUGAUUGGGGAAGAUGCCCAAACUCUGGGGGUUCGCUUCCCGGCCAACAACUACGGGUAUCUGAUCGAUUUACUCGGCAAAACGGUCGAUCAUCCGAUGGUGCAGCUGUACAGAAAACGUUUCCCAUACUACGACAUCAUCGAGGACCCAACGCGCAAAACGGUCGUGUUCAAAAAUGGAGACGAACAGUACACCAUCGAAGAGCUGAUCGCCCAGCUGCUCCAGGUUGCCAAAGGAUAUGCCGAGGAUUCCACCGGCCAAUCCAUCACCGAGUGCGUAAUCGUCGUGCCCGGAUUCUUCGGACAAGCCGAACGCCAAGCGCUGGUUUCCGCUGCCAAGUUGGCGAACCUGAAGGUGCUGCAACUGAUCAACGACUACACGGCCGUCGGUCUCAACUAUGGCAUCUUCCGGCGGAAGGAAUUCAACGAAACUGCUCAAUACUUUGUGUUUUACGAUAUGGGAGCGUACAAAACGACCGCAUCAGUAAUCAGUUACCAGCUGGUGAAGGACAAGGCCACGAAGGAAAUUCUGCCGGUUGUGCAGGUUUUGGGAGUUGGUUACGAUCGCACCCUCGGUGGGUUGGAAAUGCAAGUUCGAUUGAGGGAUUACCUAGGUCAACAGUUCAACAAAAUGGGCAAAACCAAAACCGAUGUCUUCACGAACCCAAGAGCGAUGGCGAAGCUAUUCAAGGAAGCUGGCAGGUUGAAGAACGUGCUGAGUGCUAACACCGAACACUACGCUCAGAUUGAGGGUCUACUGGACGAACAGGAUUUCCGACUGCUGGUCACUCGGGAUCAGUUCGAGGAGCUGUGCAAGGAUUUGUUCGCAAGAAUCACAGCACCCAUCGACCGAGCCCUAUCGCUGUCUGGGCUAACACUGGACAUUGUCAACCAGGUUGUUCUGUUCGGUGGAAACACACGAGUUCCUAAAGUUCAGGAGAUCUUGAAGGCGCACAUCAAGCAGGAACUGGCGAAGAACUUGAAUGCCGAUGAAGCGGCCUGCAUGGGUGCCGUCUACAGAGCAGCAGAUUUGGCCACCGGUUUCAAGGUGAAAAAGUUCGUCGUCAAGGACGCAGUUCUUUUCCCAAUUCAGGUCGCAUUCGCUCGCGAAGGCGAAAGCGGUCAAUCCCGAUUAGUUCGAAGAACGUUGUUCGGAGCAAUGAAUGCCUAUCCACAGAAGAAGGUAAUCACUUUCAACAAGCAUACUGACGAUUUCGACUUUGCUGUUGAUUACGCUGAUUUGGAGUCCGUUGUUGGAAAGGCUGAGAUUGAAAACUUGGGCUCGUUGAAUCUUACCAAAGUGAGCCUGACGAAAGUGGCCAAGAAAGCAAAUGCCCACAAAGCAGAUAAUGUUGAAUCCAAAGGAAUCAAGGCCCAUUUCAUGCUGGAUGAUUCUGGUUUGUUCUCAUUAGCCAACGUUGAAUUGGUUUUUGAGAAAACUGUGGUAGAAGAAGAUGAGAGUACUCUGCAAAAGCUAGGCAACACUAUAAGCAAGCUGUUCUCCGGAGAUUCCAAAGAAGACGCCACCACUGAAGGAGAUAAAGAAGCGGAGAAGACAUCCAGCGAGGAAAAAUCGAACGAUGCCACCAAAGCUGAAAAUUCAACUCUAUCAGGAGAUAGCGAAGCAGCCAAGAACAAGACUGAAAAACCGAAGAUCGUGACUAUCAAAGAGGAAAUCCCAUCCCGUGUCGAGGUGCUGUACAUUUCACCAUUGGAAGGAUCGCAAUAUGAAGCCUCGAUCAAGAAAAUCAAGGCCCUGAACGACAUUGAAGAGUCGAAGAAGCGUCGCGAGACAGCUUUGAAUGCUCUGGAAAGCUUUGUCAUCGAUGCCCAAGUCAAGCUGGACGAGGAAGAAUAUUCUUCGUGCGCCACUCAGGAGGAAGCCGACUCGAUUCGGAAGCACUGCUCGGAAGUUUCCGAAUGGUUGUACGAAGACGGAUCGGACGCUGAUGCCGAAACGUAUGAAAAGAAGUUGGAUGAGCUGCAAACUGCCGCAAAUGUGGUUUAUGCUCGGCAUUGGGAGCACAAGGAACGGCCGGAAGCUUUGAGUGCCUUGAAGAAGAUGAUUGAAGGUGCCGAUGGAUUCUUGGAUAAGGCACGUAACUUCACCAAGGAAGGAAACCCCGAAAAGGACGUAUUUACCCAAGUAGAAAUCGACACAUUGGAGCGAGUGAUCAAAGAAACAAUCGAGUGGGAAAAAGUCGAAGUGGCUGAACAGAAAAAGAUUGCUCGCAAUCAACCCGUCCGCUUGACGGUCAAGGACAUCACCGACAAGAUGGCCCUGUUGGAUCGUGAAGUUAAGUAUUUAGUAAAUAAAUUGAAACUGUGGCGACCAAAGGUCAAGCCAACCCCGCCACCCAAGGUGGAAAAGAAUACCAGUAAGGAAGAAGAGCAGAAUACGGAAGAAAUUGUAGCCGAGGAAGAACAGGUGAUUGAAGAAACGCCAAAGCAAAGCGAAGAAGAGGCUAGUGAAGAGCCGAAUGUUGAUGAAAUCAAACCCAGUAAAACUGAAGAGUCCAGCGAAGACGAUCAGCAUACCGAGCUAUAAAACAAGGCGGCUCCUGGUAAAUAGGGUAGCACAAACUCAUCCAUUCUUCACUUCACAAUAUCCUUGGUUAGUAUUUAUUUCAAAAGCAUCCUGUUGCUGAGCAUACCUUCCACCAUGUUCCGUAACCCUGCCUUUUUGAUCAUGUGGCCCUCUUCUCAAACAUCUUGAGAAGAGAGUAUUGCAUUUUGAUUUCCUUGGGUUGGUUUUAAAAAUCAGCAUUCCAAAGUGUGAUGCUUUUCCCGAUCAUAUUUUGUGAUACGAUCACGUCGGAAUCACACACACAAUCUGCCACAAGGCGACAACGCGACGUAGACGACAAUGGCUUAAGUGCAGCAGUUUUGUAUAUUGAAUCAAAGCUGACAAGACAAUUCGAUAGGCUGAUAAACUAGGUAAGCUAAACUAAUUGCAGUGAACUCUGUCCGGAGAGGACAUGAAAUGAUUGUUAAACCAAAUUGUGACAGAAUAUUAACUUAACAAAGGGACAAUGCGAUUCCUCUGGAAA